CGUUGGGCUCGGCCGGGCCGCGCUGGGCGCCCGAUCGCCCUCCGCCGCGGGGAGCGAGCAGGCCUCCCGCCGCCGCGUCGGGGUGCGCAGCCCGGGCCAGGCCCCGCCCGGGGCAGGAGCGCAGAGCCUCUGUUAUGCACCUAAAGCCACAGUGGAAACUGCAGAAGAAAGUACGGCCUCUGGAAACCAGCAGGGAGACUCUGAGAACUCCUCUGAGCACCCAGUAGGCUAUAAAUGGUGAAACGUGCAAAGCUAGCUACGUGAAAACUAGUGUCUUUCCUUCAGCCUCUCUUGGUAAAGCAUCAUCUCGGAAGCCUUCUGGGAUCCUUUCUCCAAAUGUUCUGUGCAGGAUGAGUGGGCAGAGUCCUUUAGAGAGCAGCUUGAAUGUUCAAACCGAGAAGAAUGCGCCGUCGGCAGUGACCCGCCAGGGCGAAGAGGGGGACGGGCCGCUUGAUAUCUGGGCGGUUGUGAAACCGGGAAACACCAAGGAGAAAGUUGCAUUCUUCGCAGCCCACCAGUGUAGCAGUAGGAUAGGAUCUAUGAAAAUAAAAAGCUCCUGGGAUAUUGAUGGGAGAGCUACUAAAAGAAGGAAAAAAUCAGGGGAUCUGGCUUUUUUGAAAGCCAACAUACAAUUACAAAGGACGAGGGAAGUCAGCAGCAGGUGCUGCCAGCCUGAGCCUUUUGCAUGUGGCAUUGAGCACUGUUCUGUGCAUUGUGUGAGUGACAGUGGGGACGGUGUCUAUGCCGGAAGGCCUCUGUCGGUCAUACAGAUGGUUGCCUUCCUCGAGCAGAGAGCCAGUGCUCUGCUAGCCAGUUGUUCAAAAAACUGCACUAAUUCAUCUGCCGUGGGGAGGUUUUCUGGGCAAUCGAGAGGUAUGCCCCCCACAUCUGAGCCCUUCUCUGCCCCAGGAGCAUGUGGAGAACCCACGGAACGGGGAAAUCCUGAGGUUGGUGCAUCACAGAGUGAGCCAGUCCGUGUGCUCGACAUGGUAGCCAGGCUGGAAUCCGAGCGCCUGAAGCGGCAGAGCCAGCGCGAGCCUGGGAGCCUCUCAAGGAAUAACAGCUUCCGGCGCAACGUGGGCCGGGUGUUGCUUGCAAAUGGCACUCAGGCUGAUGAAGGUGAAACAAACAAAGGCGCCGUGGAGGCAGCUGACACUCAGGUGACUCCUGUGGGGUCGGGGUCUGUGGACUGUGGCCCCACAGGAGCUGCCCAUGGUCUUCCUAAGGAGAACCCAGCCUGGACCAGGGCUCCUCGGGGCUGUCCCUCGUUGCCAGCAAGGGUGAGUUUCCACACGGUCAGUGCAGAUUUACAGCCAGAUCAGCAAACUGCUAAGAAAAACAGCAAUAGGUAUGAUGUGGAAAUGACACAGGAACUUGCUCGGUCACCUUUCUCUCCUCGCACCUGUCCCCAAGCCAUUGAAUUGCCUGCAAAUGCCACCGAUUGUAUGAGUAGAGAGCUUGUGCCACCUUCUAGCCAGAAUCCUGAUCAGAGAAGAAAAGAAUCCUUGUGCAUUAACAUCACUGUAUCCCAGGUAGCGAAGGACCAGCCUUCUCCUUUCCAGUCCUGUGAAGACCCAGUUCCAGGGAGGCUGUUCUUUUUGCCACCUGGGCAGCACCAGCCGGACCGUUCGCAGUUGAAUGAAAGCACAGUAGAGUCACCCGAGGCCAGCCAGCUUGAAGACGCUGCUGCGGGGGGCAGUGCGCCUGAGGAAAAGAGUGUUUCAGCCAAGUCCUUUGUCCCACGAGCCUCUCCUGUGGCAAGUAUGUUACCAGUGCUCAAGACGUCCCAGUGGAAGAAGCAGGUAUCUCAUAACUUUCUAGAGACCAGGUUUAAAAUCCAGCAGCUUCUGGAACCUCAGCAGUACAUGGCUUUUCUGCCCCACCACAUUAUGGUGAAAAUCUUCAGGUUACUCCCCACCAAGAGUUUAGUGGCUCUUAAAUGCACCUGCUGCUAUUUCAAGUUUAUCAUUGAAUACUACAACAUCAGGCCAGCGGAUUCUCGCUGGGUUCGAGAUCCACGCUAUAGAGAGGAUCCGUGCAAGCAGUGCAAGAAAAAAUACGUGAAAGGGGAUGUGUCCCUGUGCAGGUGGCACCCCAAGCCCUAUUGCCAGCCGCUGCCCUACGGGCCAGGAUACUGGAUGUGCUGCCACCGCUCUCAGAAGGGCUUCCCUGGCUGUAAGCUGGGGCUUCAUGACAAUCACUGGGUCCCUACUUGCCACAGCUUUAAUCGGGCAAUCCACAAGAAAGCAAAAGGGACCGAAAGCGAGGAGGAGUACUAGUCUAUGUGAGAGGCGACAAAAGGACUGAGUUUCAAAACUGCAAAACACCACCUAGAGAUCCCGUUCAAGUGAAGGUCGCCUUUCUAGGAGAGUCUGCACUCACUCCAUCAGGACUGCUGCUGCUCAGGCGUUGUCUUAAACUCUUAAUUUACAAGCUGUACAAGAAAAUUGGUCUCGUGGUUUAUAGUGGCGCCUCACAUUCGAUCCGGGGUGGAAUCCCACAGUUUGAGUCACUGGGCUGUGAAUAACUAAGCCUAUUUUCCCAAACCAAAUCCAUCCUCAAGGACAAAGACGUCCCCGUGGGGCCGUCCACAAGAGUUCACUGCAGACGGCAGGCAGUCCCCCAGAAGGGGCUCCAGGGAUGUUUCCAGCACUGGCACCACAUUUGAAGUGAGUGAGGAGUGCCCUGUGGAGAGAAGAGCAGCCCUCUUGGAUGGGAAGUCUGCUUACAAAGGAGAAGUCAGGCACCUUACCUUAGACCUCGUAUGCUGAUCUGUGAGACUGAUGUUUGUGGGUGGAGGUGAUUUCAUGCCCUGCGGUGUUUACAGUGUAUAUAAUGGUUGUGUUUUCAUAGGGCGAUGAAAGUGCACAUUGACCCCAGCGCCUUUCCCUGAGAUGCGUGCUUUUGGCCCCUCUGUAAAUGACACUAUGAAGAUCCGGUUGUCUGUAGUGGAUGGCUGGCUGAACAAAUCACAAUGCAGCUAGGGUAGUGUUGCGGCUACAGUUGUGUGUGUUUUUUAUCGUUUUGUCUCAAAUUUGUACAGCCUGUAUAAAAUAUGAAUGUUUUCCAAAUAAACUAUGAAUGUUUCCUGUAUAAUAUAUGAAUGUUUCUGAGAAGAAACUCUAAAUAGUUAAGAGGUUAACCUGUUGAAAGGAUACCAAAUAAUGUUUUAACUGGACAACCUUAAAAUUAGCAUACAGAACAAUCCUUUGUUCUAUUUUAGUGAUCCACCAAGAAUGAGGGAAUAUUAUAUAGUCAGAUUAUAACAUUUUUGUCUAUUUUAUUCUGUCUGGUUACAAAUUUUUUUAAACUUCAAUAAAAAUAUGCAUAUUAAAUGGGA